CUGCGUUGAGCGCUGUUUGAGGUCGCUCUAAUAUUUUCACCCAGUGUUCUUACCAAGGUCGCCCUGGACCUCAGGUGUCCCACCAAAUCCUCGUGCUGAUUUCCCCAGGCCUGGUCACCCUCAAGUCUCCUUCGGGUGUGUCUAGACUUCCACCACGGGCGCCACCCAUCAGGAAAUGAAAUAAAUACUAACAUGGAGGACAGUUUCAACACCACAUCAUCAGCGUCUACCUUCACUCUUCAGAGUUCUUCAGAGACAAUGGUUUCUAUUCAGCUCCUCGAUUUCAGAACAAGUUUACUUGAAGCACUAGAAGAGCUGCGUAUGAGAAGGGAAGCAGAGACUCAAUAUGAAGAGCAGAUUGCUAAAAUUAUUCUGGAGACACAAGAACUGAAAUGGCAAAAGGAGACUCUUCAGAAUCAAAAGGAAGCAUUAAUAAAGCAACACAAAGAAGCAAUGGGAGUUUUUAAAAAUCAGCUGCAGGUGAAGAUGUAUGCCUUGGAAGAAGAAAAGGGAAAAUACAAACUUGCUACAGAAAUCAAAGAAAAAGAAAUAGAAGGAUUGAAGGAAACAUUAAAAACAUUGCAGGUUUCUCAAUAUUCUUUACAGAAGAAAGUGAGUGAAAUGGAACAAAAGGCUCAUUUACACCAUCUAGCUAAAGAAGAUUAUCACAAGCAACUUAAUGAAGUUGAAAAAUACUAUGCUGCAAUAACCAAUCAGUUUGGAUUGGUGAGAGAGAAUCAUGUAAAGUUAGAACAAAAUGUACAAGAAGCAAUACAGUUAAACAAAAGACUCUCCACCUUAAAUGAAAAACAAGAAUCUGAAAUUCACAGUUUAAAGAAGGAACUAAAGAAAGCAUCUUCAGAGUUGAUUAAGUCCAAGGUCACAUGUCAGCAUAAGAUGGAGGAAGAAAGUAUAGAUCUAAUAAUUAAAGAACAAAAAUAUGAAGAACUCCAAGAAAGACUCAACAUGGAAUUAGAAUUAAAUAAGAAAAUUAAUGAAGAGAUUACGCACAUUCAAGAAGAAAAGCAGGAUAUCAUCAUUUCUUUUCAACAUAUGCAGCAACUACUUCAGCAAGAAACUCAGGCGAAUACUGAAAUCAAUGCAGAAUUGAAGGUGCUAAGAGAAAAUAAUCAGACCCUUGAAAGAGAUAAUGAGCUGCAAAGGGAGAAGGUAAAAGAAAAUGAAGAAAAGUUCCUUAGUCUUGAGAAGGAGCAUGAGCGAGCACUAGGAACUUGGAAGAAACAUCCAGAACUAAAUAAUGAAAAUAGUGAUGAACUAACCAGGAAAAAAUCAGAAAAUACCAUCACACAAAAGUACAAUUCUGGUCCAGAAAUACGGGGAAAAAAUACAAAGAGUUUUUGUUUGGACACUGAAUACGGAGAAGAGGAGAAGAAAGACCUACCUAUAGGAGAAGCUGCAGAAGAUUUACAGCCUUUUGAAAUAAGUGCCAAAAGCGAAAUUAAUACUAUGGUGUCUCAGGACAGAAACCAAAGUGGAAUGUCCCCACACAGAGUCCUUUGCCUAGAUAAAGAUGCAACUGAUCAAGAACAAACCUCAGAUGUUACUGACAGUAGAAAAUCAAUCACUGCAGAAGUAAAAGACAAGCUGUGCUUGGAAAAAGCCAGUGGAUGUUCAGAAUUUAAAUCACUGAAUAAUUUCUUUUUAGUGGUAGAUGAAUCACUAGAAACAGAAAUGGUACGCUUAGAAGGAACUGAAGGAUUAGGCCUUCUCCACAGUGGUGGAGAUAUACCUCUGGACACUCGAAGUAACAAAGCAUCCUCUAAUGGCAUGUCAAAUGAGAUGGCUCACAAAAGAAACUAUAACACAGAUGGUCCUGAAAGCAACCCAUUCAAACAGCAAUCCAAAUUACUUCCAGCAGACCUGGAAAAUGCUACUGAGAAGGAAAUUACAAAUCAUGACCAAACCAAAGCAGGUUUAGAUUCAUUUCUAGAUAUAAAACUAAAUCUUGAUCCGUGUAAGAAACAUGGUUUACAGGAUUCAAGUCAUGUUACGUUAGAUGUUAAGUACCAAAAAAUAAAACAAACGGUAAGAGAAGAGAGUCAGUGCAGCACAGAGCCCCGUUCUUGCUAUCAGCUAGCCAGUAAGGCUCCCCAGAAGCUGGGAGGAACCAUUGCCUGUGCUGCAGUCAUCAGCCCACUCGGUCCAUCUGCUAGUUCUGGUAAUAAGUUGACAGCACUUAAGAAAUCAGAAAACAGUAUUAAUACUAUGUCAACAGUGGUGAAACCUGCCCCAAAUCCUGCAGAAAGAACUACAAGGACAAAUACAAAUGACAUACUGAACAGUUCACUUAAGAACCAUCUGGGAGCUUCAGAAAGCAGUGUGAGUGUCUCAGACUUUCAGGUUAACCAAGGGGACAGUCAUACUUCACAAGCUAAAGGUUUGAAAACUGUAGUUCCCCUGACAACUUCCUCAGAAAAACAGCCUCCCAGUGAGAAUCAGAUAACUGAAACUCCAAAAAGUGGUCUCUUUUCCUUGGUGGAUGUUAAGGGAAGACAGUGCAUGUUGCUGAAUAACAGAGACAAAGCAGAGGCAUUAAACGGCAUCCUGUCAGGAGGAACAUGCCGUGAAGGUCAGCUGGAAGAAGCACAUUUGUCUCAUGCAACUCCAUCCACAGACUCAGUAAGCACAAGUGCAAGGUCAGCCUUUGAUCUUCCUAGUCCAGAUAAACCUGAGAAAAUUCCAGGCUACAUAAAGUUUGUACCCCCUAGUCCUUGGCCAAAAGUAAAUCAAACUAAAACCGUGGGCACUGUAACGUCCAGCAUCCCUUUAUUUCUGAAGGAGAAAACAGUAGAUCUGUCAGAAAGCCGAGUGAUUACUCCAUUGACUUUUUGUAAGAAUGUUGUUCUGGAUGACACUAGAAAAAACAUUGAGUCAGAUCCUACCAGCAAUGGCAGAGCUGCUGACACCGUGAGUAACUGGAGCAUCCAUCUAGAUCCCAAGGGGCAGCCCAGUGAAGAGAGGAAUGCAACUGCACAGACGGUUUAUGAUUCUUCUUUUCCCACAGAACACGUGAAAGCAGAGCCUUUGAUCUCAACUGUGCAACAAAGCCAUUCCCAGACAGUCAAGGUUACAGAUUCUCCUGAUCCACUCACCUUUUCUCCUGGUAACAAUGACUGGCAGAGCCUUGUGAUGAACAGACUCACUGAAAUUGAAAAGUUACUCAGCUUAGAAAGCGACAACCAGCCCAAAAGAAGAAAAGUAGAAGAGAUGCUGGAUAACAUAAUUGAUUAA